AUGAGGCUCCAGAGGGGUUUGAUCCUGGCGGCCGCUGCGCAAUCGCUCGCGGCGGUGUUUCCACGUACGACAUAUGACGACUACUUGCGUCCUCUGGUUAGCUCGGGGCCCUUGCAGGAUCUCGUCACGACUGAAGGUUUGAUGGGCAACCUCAUAAAGCUAGACUCAAUAGCCAAAGCGAACGGAGGCAAUCGCGCCUUUGGAUUCCCCGGCUACGCAGCAUCAGUCGAAUAUAUCCUCUCUCGGACGAAGAACUCCACCAAUUUCAAUACCUGGGUGCAGGACUUCCCUGCAUUAUUCAACCACGUCGACUCAAUAACCUUCAGUGUGGACAACCAGUCGUACCAUGUGAUUGGCUUAUCAUAUUCACCGUCUACUAGCAAAGAGGGUAUCACGGCGACGCUUGUACAAGGCGCGACCGGGCCGGAAGGCUGCACGAACGAGUCGUACAAUGAUCUAGAUGUGGAGGGGAAGAUUGUGCUUGUCCAGCGAGGAUCCUGCCCAGACGGAACAACACUAGCUGGCCGCUUGAAGCCUGCAGCGGCAGCCGGUGCCAUCGCUGUGAUUAUCUACAGCGAUGUCGAGACUCCCGUUACUGGUGGCACGCUUUCAAAUCCAAACCCAGAGGAAUACGUCCCGGGAGGCUAUAUCAACAAAGUGGACGGCGAAGCUCUCGUAGCGCGCAUGCAAGCCGGCGAACAAAUCACUGCCUACUUCCAACAGACGCAGUCAAUCGAGACCAAGAUCACCCAGAACAUCUUCAGCGAAACCAAAGACGGCGAUCCAUCGAACGUCAUCAUGCUAGGCGCUCACCUCGACAGCGUGGUAGCCGGCCCGGGUAUCAACGACGACGGGAGCGGAUCAAGCCUGAUCAUGGAAAUCAAAACCGCGCUCGAGAAAUUCCGCGUCAAGAAUAAAGUGCGCUUUGCGUGGUGGGGCGCUGAGGAGAACGGACUCCUAGGCUCGAAGUACUACACGCAGAAUCUGAACGCUUCGUCGGCAAACAACAUCCUGGCUUAUCUGAACUUCGAUAUGGUGAGCCGUGGUUACUUCGGCGUGUUCGAUGGAGAUGGAAGUACGCAUGGGCUUAAGGGCCCUGCUGGAUCUGAAGUCAUCGAGAGGAUUUUCGUCGAGGAUAUGACGAAGAAAGGAAUCAACGUCACCGCCGCUAGGUUUACUGGCGGAUCGGAUUAUCAAUCAUUCUUCAACAUCGGCAAACCCAUUGGAGGCCUGCACACUGGCACAGGGGUCGAGCAAGACGCGUGUUACCAUCAAGCGUGCGACACGAUUGACAAUCCCAAUCCGACGACCCUGACCAUUAAUGCGAAGGCUGCUGCUCAUGUUUUGAGCAUACUGGCGACGAGAGGCGAAGAGAUUAUUCCGAAGAGCCCGGUCAAUGCGACGAUGAUUACGGGGAGGGGGCUCGUGGGAAGGGAGAUCGAGUGGACGAGAGAUGAACAUGAGAGGCAUUUGGUGACUUGUGGAAAUAACGUAUGAGAUAUGGAUAUGCUGAAGUAAGAGUAGGACACG